AUGCUUCAUAAUUUUCUUAUGGAUGAUAGAUAUUUUGCAUACAACAAAGUUUCUUUUAAGGUACAAAAUAUGGUGGUCAAAAGCACAAAUCAGACACAGGAAACAAUUGAUUCCUCUUAUGAUAGAAAUGCUGAACUGAAAGCCUUUGAUGAUUCAAAAGCUGGUGUUAAGGGUCUUGUAGAGUCUGGGGUCACCAAGAUCCCUCACAUCUUCCAUUCGCAUACCAUUGUUGAAUCCCCAGCCACUGAUUCCAACUUGAGCAUACCAAUCAUAGACCUCAAAGACAUACACUCUGAUCCAUCUAUGCUUAGUGAAGUAGUUGGAAAAAUUCAAAGCGCAUGUCAUGAGUGGGGAUUUUUCCAGGUCAUUAAUCACGGAAUUCCUAUCAGUCUUUUGGAUGAGAUGAUUGAUGGAAUUCGUAGAUUUCACGAACAAGACGCUGAGGUAAGAAAAGAGUUAUAUUCUAGGGAUUUUAAGAGAAAAGUGUUGUAUUAUUCCAACCUAAGGUUGUACAGUGGCCACCCUGUUAAUUGGAGAGAUACAAUUGGUUUUGCUGUUGCUGGUGAUCCACCAAAACCUGCAGAAAUACCAUCUGUGUGCAGGGAUAUUGUGAUAGAAUAUUCAAAGAAAAUAAGGAAUUUGGGUUUUACAAUUUUUGAGUUACUGUCACAAGCUUUGGGACUUGAUCCUUUCUACCUUAAAGAAAUGAAUUGUGGUGAAGGAGUGUUUAUUGCAGGUCACUGCUAUCCAGCAUGUCCCGAACCUGAAUUAACCAUGGGCGCCACCAAACACACAGAUAGUAACUUCAUGACUUUACUUCUACAAGACCAACUUGGUGGUCUUCAAGUUCUUCAUCAGAAUCAAUGGGUCAAUGUUCCUCCAUUACAUGGAGCUCUUAUUGUAAACAUAGGAGAUAUUCUACAGCUUAUCACAAAUGACAGGUUUGUAAGUGUUAACCACCGGGUCUUAUCAAAGAAGAAAGGUCCAAGAAUUUCAGUAGCAAGCUUCUUUGUUAAGUCACAAGAUCCGAAUGAGGGUGAAGCCAAGGUGUAUGGUCCAAUUAAGGAACUGGUUUCAGAAGAAAAUCCCGCAAUGUACAGGGACACUACCAUAAAAGAUUAUCUGGCACAUUAUUAUGCAAAGGGUCUUGAUGGGAACUCUUCCUUGGACCACUUCAGAUUGUGA